AUGACCAGUCAGUUGUUUCGCGAUACCCAGUUUGGCCAUCUCGUCCGCAUCCUGUCGCGCAACACGCUGUUCCAUUACCCAGACGAGAUUGAUCCUUCACUAUGGCAAAAGCCUCUCCUCCCGGACGUCGCAAGCCCAAGACAAGCGGAACCAGGAGUGCGAAAUGAUAGUUCCGACACAAAAGGACGCCCAAACAAUCUCACCGAUCCUAUCACGAAGAACCUUGACAAAAGGAGGCAGGUUAAUCAACAACACCGCUCAAAUGCUGACCAUGUCGUUGAGGAUGGCAUAGAUGUCUAUCUGGUAGACUGGUAUGGUCCGGAUGACCCAGAGAAUCCCCGCAAUUGGCCCAGCAGCCGGAAGUUGCUGAUCGGAUUCCAAAUCUGCCUGCUCAACUUCGCGUUUUACAUGGCUAGUUCGAUCUAUGUCCCUGGCGAAGCGAGCAUCAUGCAGGAGUUUGGCGCCAGUGAGAUCGUGGCGACAUUGGGGCUUUCGCUUUUCACACUGGGUUACGGCUGCGGUCCGAUGCUGUGGAGUCCCAUGUCUGAAAUGCCGACCGUCGGCAGAAACGACGUCUAUUUCUGGACAUUCCUUGCGUUUGUCCUGCUUCAGCUUCCGACCGGCUUCGCCGUGAACAUGCCCAUGUUCCUCGUCUUUCGACUGUUGACCGGCUUCUGCGGCAGUCCCGCCCUGGCGACGGGCGGCGCCACGCUCGCCGACAUGUACAGCCCCGCGCGCGUCGCAUACGGCAUCUGUAUCUGGGGAUCAUUUGGGAUCCUGGGUCCCGUCUUUGGGCCCAUCCUCGGCGGAUUCACGGCGGCGGCGAAGGGCUGGCGCUGGACCAUCUGGGUGGUCACAUGGCUCUGCGCGGGCGCGGCGGUCAUGCUGUUCUUCUGCAUGCCCGAAACCAGCGCCGCGAACAUCCUGUACAGGAGAGCGAAGAGGCUGAGGAGGGCCACGGGAGACGAGCGCUGGAGAAGCCAGUCUGAAGUCGACGCCGCACAGCACACCACGGCAGACCAUCUGAGCGUGCUCGGUCGGGCGUGCACCUUGAUUUUCUCCGAGCCCAUCGUCUUCCUGUGGGAUCUGUACACGGCGCUGCUGUACGGCGUGUUUUUUGUCUGGUUCGAGUCGUUUCCCUUGGUUUUUGGCGACAUGUACGGGUUCAACCUGGGCCAGCAGGGGCUGGUCUUCCUGGGGAUCCUGGUCGGUGGGCUUGUCACGGUACCCUUGUUCCUGCUGUGGGUGAACCGGGGCAUUAUUCCUCGCUUCGCCAGCCCGACCUUCAAGCCCGAGAUGGUCCUCCCGCCGACCUUCUUCGGCUCCGCCGCGCUGCCGGUCUGCCUGUUCUGGUACGGCUGGUCGGCAAGGCCGCACGUCCACUGGAUGGUGCCGAUCGUCGGUUCGGGAUUCUUCACCGUCGGCGUCGUCACGCUGUUCAAUCCGGUGCUUCAUUAUCUCGGGAUCGCGUACCCUGCGUACGCCGCCUCCAUCUUCGCCGGCAACGCGCUUUUCCGCGCCUCGUUCGGCGCCAUAUUCCCGCUCUUUGCGCGCCAGCUCUUCCGCACAUUGGGCAUCGGGCCGGGCAAUUCAUUGCUCGGCGGCAUAGCAGUCUGCUUCUUGCCUCUCCCUUACAUCUUUUCCAAAUAUGGUGAGAGAAUCCGUCACUUGAGCAAGAAUGCUAGACAAGAUGUCUGA